GUCUGCUUGCUCAGAACCUUGUCUGGUAAGGCGGGAAACAUACAAGAGGAAGAAUGGCUGCCAGAUUGCUGACAACCUGGUCACAGGAUUCGGUGACCUUUGAGGAAGUGGUGGUGGACUUCUCUCAGGAGGAGUGGGCACUGCUGGACCAUGCUCAGAAAAUCCUGUACAGAGAUGUGAUGCUGGAGAACUUUAGGAACCUAGCCUCUCUGGGGUAUCCUCUCUGCAAACACAGUCUGAUCACGGAGGUGGAGCAGGAAGCACUGGGUCCAGAGGAGGGGGGAAUUGUCCAAAGUGCCUGUACAGACUGGAAUAUGCAACUGAAAUCAAAAGAUGGAAUUCCCAUGCAGAAUGUUUCUGGGGAAAAAACUUGCAAUGGCAUAAAAACGGCACUAACUCAACCUGGUAAGAAACCCUUGGAAUUUGAUCAUUGUGGAAAAUUCUUCAGAAAGAACUAUCGCUUUACGUGUACAAGAUAUUGUGAGAGAGAGAAAUGCUACAAAUAUAAAGAAUAUGGGAAAGACCUUGGCCAUCCCUCAACUCUUAGCAGUCAUGUAAGUACUCACAGUGGAGAGAAAGCUUUUGAAUUUAAUGAUCAUGGCAAAUCUUUCAACCAAGAGGGAUCCCUUAGGAAACACUUAAGGACUCUCACAGGAGAGAAAUUUCACACGUGUAGUCAGUGUCUUAUGUCCUUCAGUUUACAUCCUUCCUUUUCAGUACAUGUGCAAAUACCUACUGGAGAGGAACUCUGUGAUUGCAGUGAUUAUGGAGAAAGAGCUUCCCAUAGUGUCCACAAAACAAUGUGUACCAUGGAGGAAAGCUCAGAAUAUAAUGAGCAUGGGAAGGUGUUCGCCAGCCCCUUGUCCCUUCAGAAAUGUGUGAGACCUCAUGCCGGAGAGAAGCCUUACGAAUGUAGUGACUGUGGGAAAGCCUUCAUUUUUCAGUCUUCCCUUAAAAAGCAUGUGAGAUCUCACACUGGAGAGAAACCUUAUGAGUGUAAUCACUGUGGAAAAUCCUUCAGCCAGAGCUCUCAUCUUAAUGUGCACAAAAGGACUCACACUGGAGAGAAACCCUAUGACUGUAAGGAAUGUGGCAAGGCUUUCACUGUUCCUUCAUCCCUUCAGAAGCAUAUGAGAACCCACACUGGAGAGAAGCCCUAUGAAUGCAGUGACUGUGGGAAAGCCUUCAUUGACCAGUCAUCCCUUAAGAAACAUACACGGUCUCACACUGGAGAGAAACCUUAUGAGUGUAGUCAGUGUGGAAAAUCCUUCAGCACAGGUUCUUACCUCAUUGUGCACAAGAGAACUCACACUGGAGAGAAAACCUAUGAGUGUAAAGAAUGUGGGAAGGCCUUUAGGAAUUCUUCCUGCUUAAGAGUACAUGUGAGAACUCACACAGGAGAGAAGCCCUAUCAGUGUGUUCAGUGUGGGAAGGCAUUCAGCACCAGCACUAAUCUUAUAAUGCACAAACGAAUACAUACUGGGCAGAAAGUAUGAAUGAAAUGACUAGAAGAAAGCCUUAACUAGGCCUUCACACCUCAUUCUUCAUUUUAGAACUCACACUGGAGAGCAGCCCUGUUGUGACUAAUAUAGAAAGCCUGCAGGCACAAUUCUUGACUUAUGCUACCCUGGGACCAAUCUUACGAAUGUUACCAUUCUGUGAUUGUCUUUUAUCAGUGAACGUUUCAUCCUGAAAGUCUGUUAACCGAUGAGUAUUAAAAGUUAUAUGGCACUUAAUCUACAUCACAAAAAUUUUGAUAAAUAAUAUUUUUACCAUGAAUUUAGUACUAAAUGUUGUCCAAUCAUCAUCAAGAUGUCUUGGACCUAUAGGUUAUUUAGAAAUGUAUUUUUUAAUGUGCAGACUCUACAUAUUUUAGUUAUUUUUUAUAGAUUCCUAAUUUAAUUACAUUAUACACAAAUGUAUGGUCUUCAUGAUACAGAUUCUGUAUGACAUUAUUCAAACAGAAAAUUGUUGGGAGACUUGCUUGUGGUCUCAGAUACAAGUAUCUUCGAUCCAUUCCUCCUUCCCUUUCCUAAAAGUAACAAAACUACAACUGUGUUCAAGUUGGCAGUGUGGACAAUUUUUUAAGGACUCCUGUCUCAACUUUCUUUGCCGCUGUGAAUGCCCAUGAGCCCCUGGCUCUGUUCAGUGAGAAACAGGCAAAGGUGACUGCUUGUGGGCUCUAAAGAAGCCCAUGGCAAUGGGAGUGUCUCGUCUGGCAUUUUUGCUUCACCAUUUGCCCUGUGGUCUCAUCUCAUUUUCUCUCCUAGAAAACAGACCAAGAGGAUCAUAGUCAGAAGCUACUGAUUAUACAACAGGGACAUACAGUAUUAUUUGGUUGUACCAACUCUGUGUUGCUUAUUUCUGAGCUUCAUGUAACAAGAGAAAAAUAAACUCCUUAACUGAU